AUGGCUGUGCAGGACAGCGUCUCGUCAGCAGAGGGAGCCAAAUCUGAGCCUGGUUACAUGCUUCUAGAGUGUCAUGAAAGCAGAAACCCUGUUAUUGUUGUAAAGCCUAAAGCAGGUCCACUCAUCACCUGGAGCUUAGAACACAGCUCUGUCUCUCUUCAAAUAAUUCAAUUCCAGUGUUUCCUGUGCAAGCUGCGCACCCAUCAGUGGUGUUUCCUCUUCUUCAACGUGAUGCUUUUCCAUGCCUUGUUGUUUGGGGCAGAUUUUGUUGAGGAGUAUCUCCUGCAGCCCACACCUAUUGUUUACACGGAUGGUAUGGUCGUUAGUGUGAGAGAGAAAGCGAGAAAACUGGACCUUAGCGCUGCAAAGGAGAACCUAUCCCAGGCCUACUCGAUCACCAAUCCUGAAGCCUGCAGAAACCCCGACCUCCUCCUUCUGACUCUAGUCUUCAGCUCUCCUGCUAACAUCACUCAGAGAGAUGCAGUCAGAAGAACAUGGGCAAACCAAACACUAAUUCAAGGGUGUCCGGUAAAGACACUGUUCUUUAUAGGAGCAUCUCAGACUUCAGACACUCAGGAAGUUCUCUUGAGAGAGUCUGAGCAUUAUGGAGAUAUAGUCCAGGGCCGUUCUGCAGAUGAUUCAUCCUUCCAUGGAUCCAGAGAGAGGACAGUCUUGGCUCUUCGUUGGAUCAUCACAUUUUGUCCUCUAGCACGUUUUGUUCUGCUGACUAAUGAGGCUGUGUUUGUCAACCUCCCCGCCAUUGGAAGCUACUUGUUGGGGCUUCACAGGCACCCCGAAGACCUGUAUCUAGGUAGGGUGAUCCAAAAUGACUCUCCUAACAGGGACUCCAACAGUCCUGGCUACCUCCCUCCCUCGGUCUAUCCCCCAAAACACCUGCCUGAAUACUGCGACGGAACAGCUUAUGUUCUGUCCCAGGAUGUUGUCCGGAAAGUGUACGUGGCAUCUGCAGCCAUCCUUUUACCUGUGCCUGCUGACGUUUUUGUGGGUCUCUGUGCUCAGAAAGCUGGUGUGACACCAGCCCACAGUGCCAGGUUCCCAGGAGAGAAACACAUCCACUAUAAUGCCUGCUGCUACAAGUAUCUGUUCGGCUCAGCGAGAAUGGGGAGCCAGGAGUUAGAAACGAUCUGGACUCACCUACAACAGCGAGGUGGAAGAUGUUCGCUGUUAAAGACGUAUUAUGGCCUGGUGGUCUGUAAGGUUCGCACCUAUUUAGACAAACUGUCCCUCUUCAGUGGAAACGGAGAAACGGGAUUCUAAUUAGGGAUGUUUGAUAUUGUCUUUUUUACCAUUUUCCAGUAGAUCGAUAAAAUCUAACGCUUAAUUUCCGAUGUGAUAUAAAUCAGUACCAAUAAAUGCAAACGCACAUCCCCCGCCUUCCAAAAUAAAAAUGAUAUAAUAAUUUUAGGUAACUAACACCCCAUGUCAUAUCAUGUGCAAACUAUGACAGCUACUUUGAUUUAAGUUAGGCCAGUUGUCCCAAACAAACUUAAGUAUAUCAAAUAGAAACCGUGGAUCUGUCAUAUUUUGGCAUUUUGAGUGUGAGGAGAAGAAGCUGAAGGGCAUGGGAUGAAAAUGUUUUCUCAUGAAAAAAGUAACAAUUGACAGAGAUAUUGCAAUUUAAAACCAGUGUUGGUUAAUAUUAAUGGUACACCCCUAAUUGAUCGUAUUUUUCUUGUUUGCGUACACUGCUCAGCCUGUAAUGUCUGAUGUCAAACACUGCUAUGUAAAAAUUUACUUCUUAUGAGGAAUGAGGCUUUAAUAGAGGGAGCCCCUCCCCCAUACAUAUAAAGCUAUAUCUAUAAAAAUUAUACAUCAUAGUUGUUUUUUUGUGAAAGUUUCAAUGUUAAAAAAGUG